AUGAACAAAAUUUUAAUCAUUUUUGCUAUAAUUUCUCUCUCAAGCUUUGCUUUAAUGCAAGUUGAUGCUUGGUGGCCUUAUUAUGGAUAUGGAUAUGCUGCUGGUUAUUACCCUUACUAUGGCUAUGGCAAACGUGAAGCUGGAUUUCAGAACUUUUUACCAAAUAAGCCGUCAAAUGGGCAUGUAAUACCUGGAAAUCGUGAGGAUGAUAUGGGGAUAGCUUAACGAAUAUUUGUGGAAAAGAAUUUAAAAAAUAAAUAAAAAUAAACAAAUAUAUUU